CACUUGCUGAGAAGAGAAAGCAGCUGUCACUUCCCUUAGGAAACACAUUAUAAAGGAGGGUCUCAUGCCCACAGCCAAAUUCCUCUGGAGGGAAGGAACCAAGAGCAGGUCUUCACUGGCUUCUGGGCUCACCUGAUACCUGUGACAGAGCAAACCUGCAGUCAUGAAGAUCCUUUACCUGCUCUUAUCUCUCCUGUUCUUGGCACUUCAAGUUUCUCCAGGUUUGUCUUCACCACAGCGGGACAUGUUUUUCUGUAGAAAAGGGUCCUGUUACUUUGGAAGAUGCCCCAUCCAUCUGAUUAAAGUUGGAAACUGCUUUGGGUUCCGUUCCUGCUGCAAAUCGCCAUGGGAUAUAUAAAAACUUCAUGGACCACCCAUUCAAGAGUGAUGAGAAUUCCUUCUAAACCUAGGCAUUUCGUUUGAACACCUUACUGCCACUGAAUCCUGCUACGAAGCCUCAUGCACCUUUCAUUUUUAAUCCAAAAAAAGCUUUAUGAUGUAAAGUAAAUCCAAAUGUAUUCUUCAUUGCUUUCUCUCCUGUUUCAAAUAAAUUGUUGUUGCUUAGCAUUCA